AAAAUAUUCCAAUAAUCAGCACGGUGCAAAAACAAAACGCUAACGUUACCACAACAAAACUUUUAUCUUUCGAAGAAAAAGAUAAAAUAUGAUUUCGUUGUAAUUCUUUGGGCUAACUAAAGGAUAAUUCACAAAAAUGACUUCAGACAAUCGUAAGUACCCAUUUGAUCCAUUACAAUUACGAGAGUUAAUUCAAUAAUGACCUCUAGUUUCAUAUAAAUCUAGUUCAAAUGUUUACUUUCUUCUGAUAUCAUUUGUACCUGAUAUUUUAUUAACAUUUGGGAACAGUAUCAAUCUAUGAACCUUCUUGAAUCUGUAUAAAAUGAUUCAUAAGUUUUCUUGUAACGCGAAUUUUUUACGUAAUGCUCUAUGUGUAUGCAAAAAUCGUCUUUAAUGUACGACUAUAAGGUCGUGUUGUGUGUCACACAAUUGUUCUAUGGCUAUUCAGAUUUGUGCUGUCUACAGAUCAAAUUCUUUAAUAACUCUUUCAGUCCUCAAGCCUACAGAACAUGCGGUAGACCACUACAGGCAGCGGUUUAACUGGGAUUGUGGAGUGUCGUGUGUCUUGAUGCUGCUCCCCAAAGAAAAGAGGGAGUACAUCCUGGAGAACUUCACUCAGAUCUGCGAAGAGGAGGGAUUCAGACAAUCCACUUGGACUAUUGAUUUGUGCUAUCUGCUAAAGAGGUUUGGCAUUAAGCAUCGCAUGAACACCACAAUGUUUGGAGUCAAUGAGGCAUACAGCCGCUAUGGGUAUUAUGACAAAAUUAUUCACUUGGAUAGAGAGCGCGUGCAACGUAGAUUCGAAGAAGCCAAAAGCCAAGGUCUGAAGGUGGAACAGCACUCCACCAGUACCGAGGAGCUGUUGCGGCACCUCUCGCAGCACGGGCCCGCCAUAGUACUGGUUGACGCGGGGCUACUGGUCUGCGAUUUUUGCAAGCAUAAUAAGCUGAAGGUGGAAUUCAGGCGCUGCUUCGGCGGCAGCUACUCGGGGCACUACAUCCUGGUGGUGGGGUUCAGCGGGCGCAAGGUGUUGUACCGCGACCCGGCGCUGAGCGAGCGCGUGUGCGGCGCCGCGCCCGCCGCGCUGCACCGCGCCCGCCGCGCGCCCGGCACCGACCACGACCUCAUACUCGUCUACACCGACAGCUGAUGUUGGCGGAACAGACGCAGGUCAUGUGUCGGCCUCGGCCACCUGCAUACAGGAAAACUCUCUUCAGCUAAACUUUACGCUCUGCCAACAUGGCCGAAGGUUCCUAGCGAGCGCCGAAAUUGAACGAAAUAAAUAUAUUUAUGUAUAACUCAAAACAAAUUAAAAGAUAAUUUGUCAUGUGGGUCGACAGCCGAUGAGGAAUCUAUUAAUUGAUCUUUUGAAUAAAUAUAACACGUUUUUUUUCAUUUCACUGUAAACGCAUUAUAGGUAUUUCAAUUGUUUUUAUGACUCACUAUUUUUUUGGCGCGAAUAGACAUUAUUGCUAAUGCUGCCUUGGCGGCCAAUAAAUCCUUGUUAAUGUAUUAUGUUUAAUUUUAUUCAUUUGAAACAAUUAUUGUUGUACAUAAAAAUAUAUAAAAGCAAGACAACAUAAAUAUCGUA